GCGUGUGUGCUCCGAGUGAAGCGCGAAUUAACGCGCGACGGGGAUGACCGCGAGGGCCGUUCAGGCGCGCGUGAUACGACGGUGCGGGCGAGGGCACGCGCGGAAAGGGGCAGAGGGUGCCGGCCGGUUAUCAGAGGGGUCGGAAACGCGGAAGCGCGCCAGUCGACGGCGAGACUUCGCCCGCGCAGCUUCACUCUUUCUCUCUUACCAAACCCACCACCACCCCCCAUCUCCUCUCGUCGUUGUCUCCGUCCAUCGUCUGUCAGUUCGCAAUAGCCCUCUCCCCCCGUGAUACUCUCUAUAUCUUUCGUCGCGCGAGUCGGAUAUAAAAUUCGCUCAUUUUUGCACGUAGCAUUUCUCUCUCGCGCGGAACACCCGGCCGAGAGUGAAGACGAAAGUCACGUGGCGAUCGCGUGGACAACGCGGGUGAACAAACACCGCCAGCGAGAGCGUCAUCGUUCGGAGAAGGAGAAGAGUGGAAGAGAAGAAGAUAUCUUCGCUUCCGGGCCGUUGGAUGUAGAAAAAUCGAGGAACACACCAUGACGAGGUCGACGCGCCGAUUUCUACUCUUACUGCUGCACACGCUGAUUGGCGUUUGCCGCGGCAUCCAGCAGUUCGAGGACGAGCCGCAGUACACCGAGGUCAAUCCCGGCCAAGACGCGAAGCUGGUGUGUCGAGUCCUUGGGAAGAGGGGACAAUGCAUUUGGCAGAAGGAUCAAAAGCCGAUAGGCAUGCACCUGAAGAAGUACGAGUGGGUGGGCUCGCCGGACAUGGGCGACUGCUCGCUAUGGGUGCGAUCCGCCACACUCGAGUUCGACGACGGGCUUUGGCAAUGCCAAGUGACCGCGAGUGAUUUCACGACGCAGGACGCGUUAGCAUCCGAACCAGCGAGGCUGGUCGUCAGAGUCAGCCCUCAGCGACCGCAGAUAGAGUACGCCGACCGUCUAAUUCUCCCCGGCAGCAACGUGACAGCCCGAGCAGGUGAGAUCGCUACGCUCACUUGCAGAGCGCGGUAUGGGAAUCCUUCGCCUCUAAUUAAAUGGUACGUGGGCGAGACCGAGCUGAGGACGCUGAGGCCGCAGGUAAACUCGACCGAGGUAGAUAAUCCGCGCACUUGGGCGACCUACAGUAUUUGCGAGAUUCUGGCCGAGCGAUCACGUUACGGCCAGCCGAUCAGAUGCGUCGCCAUCCAUCCAGCGUACGCCAAUCCUACCAUGUCCUCCAGCAUCGAAGUGAGGUUCGACGUGCGAUACGCGCCGGAGACGAGAUUAGUCGGCGUCCCAACUGGCCAGUUGGAGGAGGGUCGCGAUCAACUGGAGAUCCGUUGUCUCGCCGACGCCAAUCCGCCGGCCUCGAUCCUCUGGAGGAAAACGAAGAGCCCCGGUGUGACGGAGGUGGCCAGUAUCGGCGAGACUCUGCUGUUCUCGCCGAUUUACAGAAACCACGCGGCCGUUUACCUCUGCGAGGCGUCCAACAUCGAAGGCGAGAGCAGCCCGGUGUCGGUCCAGGUGUCCGUGAACUAUCCACCGACAAUCAGCGCGGUUGGGCCGGACCGGCUGACCACCGCGUUAUUGUAUUCCGGUGCGUCCUUUGAGUGUCACGCUGACUCCAUGCCGCCGGCCGAGUACAGAUGGGCGCAGGUAUUCACGGACGGCCGGAUGCCAUUGGAAUGCGGCACAGGGCAGCGAUUGAUCCUGACGAACGUGACGUACGAGCAACAGGGCCAGUACAUAUGUCUCGCCUCCAACAAGAUCAAUGGGAACGUCAGAGAAGUUAAAAGCGACCCUGUGUCCCUGCAAGUGGUCGGCGCGCCACGGGUGGUGAAGCCGGCCAUCACGGAGAAGUUCGUCGUGGCGACGACGGAGGGUAGCCCGGCCAGAUUAGAGAUCAGACUGUGCUCCGACCCGAAGCCGCGGCUCGUAGCUUGGGAAUGGGGCAGCACCAGACUGCACGCCGGUGAGGUCCUGGAGCCGCGCUACCGCGCACUCGAUCUAGAGCCGUUGGCUUCGGAGGACUGUUAUAUAGCGAUUUUGGAGCUGACCAGCACGGUGAAGGAGGAUCAAAGGCUGUAUCACGUUAUCGUGGAGAAUGACCGCGGCAGCGACAGGCGCGCGCUCAUGCUGAGAGUCGACGAACCCGGUCAGAUCCCGCUCGUUAUCGGCGCCGUAGCCGGAUUCACGGUGCUCUCGGUACUGAUAAUGGGAUUCGUUUGUUUCCUACGUUCGGAUAGGUGCUGCGUGGCCAGAAACACGGUGCCGACGUUGCAGCAAGUGCAUUGUACAAAGGCUUCCAACGCGAUGAUAGAGGAUCCACGCUUGGCGGUGGAUACGAUGGAGCGUACGAGUCAGCAGUUCGUCCCGGAGAAACGAGCCAAUCACGUUCUGAAGCCCGUCCCGUCGCAGCAAUAUCAGCAGGAGUGUUAUCAGCAUGACCCGCAACACCAGCAACAACAUUAUCAGAGGCAUCAUCAUCAUGGACAACCUCACGGACAAUACACGUUGCAGGGGGAGCAGCUGUUUCUCAAACCCGAUCGCUUAGCGACGUUGAAGCCGCAUUGCAAGAGCGAGAAGCCGCCGCAAUAUACGACAUUCAAGCCGAACUCGAACAACUGAGGGAACUUUACUGCAUUUAUUUUGUAUCGAUAUACACGCUGAUGUGAGAGAGAGAGAGAGAGAGAGAGAGAGAGAGAGAGAGAGAGAGAGAGAGAGAGAGAGAGAGAGAGUGCAGAAGCGAGAUAGCAUAAGGCUGAAUGAGAGAAGAAAGUGACACAAAAAUGACACGAAAUCAAAUACUAAAGCUGUAGUUUUACUUCUAUCAUCGUCGAUUAUUACAUGUAUGGAUUAUAAUUUAAGAAAAGCGCGUACACACACGGUAUAUGCAUGUAAUAAUUAUAAACGACUCGAGACGAGCGAAUUCGUCGAUGACGACGACAAUGACGACGACGACGACGACGAAAACGACGGAAACUACGAAAUCUUUCACGAAAUAUACUGCCAAAGAACUCCUCUAAAAUAAGAUACGCGAUCGACAUGAUCCCCAGAACCAAUUGAGAAACGAGAAUUAAUGCGAGAAUUAAUGCGAGGUGUCCGUUUAUAACGCUCACGGCGAUUUUAAUAAAGCAAUGAUUUUCAUCAAUCGCUAUUUUUAUUAGCGCUUUUUGAGGGCAGGUAGCGCGCAUCGUCCGCGAGCUUGCAAAUACGUGAGUCUAACAAAAAUUCUUCUUGUGCGUAAAUACGAAGGAAACUAGAGUGCAAGUUUUUAAAACGUAACGACAUGUUUUCUAUCAAGUCGUGUUCAUCUUGAGCUCGUGGACGAUACUUGACCGUUGCUGAGAAGUGAGACUUUCAGUUGCGUCGAUUGCUCUCACAAUGGUUUUGCAGCGUUCUCAUAGACCGAAUUGCCAUUGAUCGUAAUAUAUACAAUAUCGAACGUGUUUGUUAUAAAAAUAAACUUACAA